AUGCCCGAAGAAUUCAAGCUUCUCUCCUCACAACACGUCGCCAUUGUUGGAGCUCCCUUCAGUGGCGGACAACCACGCAAGGGAGUAGAGACUGCACCUGCAGCCAUGAUGAACUUUGGCUUGGCUAACCAGCUUAAAGAGUUGGGAUGGACGGUUGAAUUCCAAGACAACGAGCAAGAAAUCGUUGAGUUGGAACCAGCCCAGGACCCUACCGUAUUGAACCUCAAGCAGCCCAAGUUUGUUUCGGCCGUAACCGAGAUGAUCUCCAACCAAGUCCGAGAAAGAGCCCUCCAAGGCAAAUUUGUCCUUACCCUCGGUGGUGAUCACUCCAUUGCCCUGGGAACAGUGUCGGGUGUCUUUUCAGCCUACCCCGAUGCUUGUCUGGUGUGGGUAGAUGCUCACGCCGACAUCAAUACCCCGGGGACAACGGAUUCUGGAAAUAUCCAUGGCUGCCCUUUGAGUUUCCUGGCCGGAAUUGCCGAGGAACAUCCUGACUUUAGUUGGGUCAAGCCGUGUUUAAAGGCCAACCGUCUUGUGUAUAUAGGCCUACGUGAUGUUGAUGACGGCGAAAAAAAGAUCUUGAAGGAGUUGGGUAUCAAGGCCUUUUCGAUGCACCAUGUUGAUCAACUUGGGAUUGGAAAAAUAGUCGAGCAAGCCCUCGAUUAUGUCAAUCCCGACCGUAAUUUACCUAUCCACCUCUCUUUCGAUGUGGAUGCUCUUGAUCCCUCUGUUGCUCCUAGUACUGGUACCCCGGUACGUGGUGGCCUUUCUUUUAGAGAAGGACAUUAUAUCUGUGAAGCUUUGGUCAACACCGGUCUUUUGGUAUCUGCCGACAUUGUUGAAGUCAACCCAGUUCUCCUGGACGAGGAGUCGGCUUUCCAAACUAUCCAGGUCGGGUGCUCUCUUGCCCGCUGCUGCUUGGAGGCAUACUAUACAAAUCCUUCCUUUCCCAUACUUGGUUCAGCAGCCGCCAUGAAGCUCGAGAUUUGCUCCUUCUCCGGUCACAAGAUCUACCCUUCCAAGGGUAAGACUUACGUUCGCAUUGACAGCAGAUCUUUCCGUUUCAUCAACGGCAAGUCCGAGUCCUACUUCCUCCAGCGUCUCAACCCCCGCAAGAUCAAGUGGACUGUCAUCUACCGUCGCUUGAACAAGAAGGGUAUCACUGAGGAGAUCGCCAAGAAGCGUUCCCGCCGUACCGUCAAGCACGAGCGUGCCGUCGCUGGUGUUUCUUGGGAUGCUAUCCGCGCCAAGCGUAACCAGAAGCCCGAUGCUCGUGCUGCUGCCCGCCAGGCUGCCAUUGCCAAGUCCAAGGAGGCCAAGAAGGCUGCCGCUGCCACCAAGAAGACCACCACUGGUUCUGCCGCUCAGGGCGCCAAGGUCUCCAAGCAGGGUGCUAAGGGUUUCGCUCCCAAGGCUGCUGCCACUUCCCGUUAA